AUGUCUGCUCCUUUAGACUCUUCUAAACUUACUGUCACAAGAACUACAACUCCAUCCCAACCAAAACCUAAUGAUCAAUUAGUUUUCGGUCAAACUUUCACAGAUCAUAUGUUAACUGUGGAAUGGACCGAAGAAAAAGGUUGGGCCAAUCCAGAAAUUAAGCCUUAUGCUCCAUUAUCUUUGGAUCCUGCUACAAUUGUCUUCCACUACGCCUUCGAAUUAUUUGAAGGUAUGAAGGCUUACAGAACUGAAGAUAAUAAAAUCACUAUGUUCCGUCCAGAUAUGAACAUGAAACGUAUGAAUAAAUCUGCUGCUAGAAUCUGUCUACCAAAGUUUGAUGAGGAAGAACUGCUCAAAUUGAUCGGUACUUUAAUUGAGCAAGAUAAACAUUUGAUUCCAGUUGGUCAAGGUUAUUCUCUAUAUAUUAGACCAACUAUGAUUGGUACCAGCGUUGGCCUAGGUGUCUCUACUCCAGAUAAAGCCUUACUUUAUGUCAUCUGUUCCCCUGUCGGUCCUUACUACAAGACUGGUUUCAAAGCCGUCAAAUUGGAAGCUACCGAUUACGCUACUAGAGCUUGGCCAGGUGGUGUUGGUGACAAGAAAUUAGGUGCUAACUAUGCUCCAUGUGUCUUACCACAAUUACAAGCUGCUGAAAGAGGUUAUCAACAAAAUCUAUGGCUAUUUGGUCCUGAACACAACAUUACUGAAGUUGGUACAAUGAAUGCCUUUUUCGUUUUCCAAAACCUUGCUACAGGUAAAAAAGAACUAGUUACCGCUCCACUAGAUGGUACCAUCUUAGAAGGUGUUACUAGAGACUCCAUCUUAAAUUUAGCAAGAGAAAGAUUAGAUUCGAAUGAAUGGGAUAUCAACGAACGUUACUGUACCAUAACUGAAGUCGCAGAAAGAUCCAAGAAUGGUGAAUUGGUAGAAGCCUUUGGUUCUGGUACUGCCGCUAUCGUCUCUCCUAUCAAGGAAAUUGGUUGGAAAGGUGAAUCGAUCAAUGUUCCAUUAUUACCAGGUGAACAAUCGGGUGCAUUAACCAAGCAAAUCGCUGCGUGGAUUGGUGACAUCCAAUACGGUAGACAAGAACAUAAAGGUUGGUCCAGAGUUGUUGCUGAUCUAAAAUAA